AUGCAAGAAGAGCAAGAAGCAACAAUGCACGUUCGAUUAGAGCGCCCCAGGACAACCGACGAGGAAAGAAUCACCAUUGGCUUUGUUGAAGACGCUCCACAGAAUGGCGAUCAUGUCCAUUUGCAAGAGCGGCAAAAGCGGUUAGACCAGGAUCAGGACGAGAGGAAGAGCAAAGAGAAAGAAGAGGCUGAUGCAAGAGAAUUGCUACAGGAACUUGAGCAAGAACGAGACGCGGCACAGGCUCAAGAAGACGAGGCUGCUCAAGUAGCCGCACAAGAGCAGAAAGCGGGCGAAGCCGACAGGCAGGAGCAGAAAGACCCAGCAAAACUACGGCGAGAGCGCUCGAUUCGCGAAAGGGCCGAAAGAGAGACACUGGAACAAGUGUAUGAAGCCAAGCGGCUUCUGGCUUUAAUGGAGCAAGAGAUACGGGCGACGGAGGCUCAAGACGAGAUUGAAAAAGCCGCGCUUGCAGAGCGAGCCAAGAGGGAGAAUGAGCAGCUCGAGUACAAGCAGAUGCAGCGCGAGAGACUGGAGCAGCACCGAAGAAACACAGAGGCGCGUCUGGCUGCAAACGGCACUACGAGUGCCCAAAAAGAGACGGAGCAGGUCGAGGCUGCUCGGAGAGCCAUCGAAGAAGCUUCACGUGAUCGAGUACCAAACGACGCCGGACCCCCUCCCAUGCCGCCUACAGGAAGUCAGGAACGGCGAGCAGCAGCGGAACCAGCACGUGCUCAGACGCCUCCGUCGGGAGGAUAUCGUGCACAAGCACAAGACCACUCUCCAGGCCAGUCCGAUCGACCCUUUAGAUCGUAUCGAUCUUUCGCGCCACAUGCACGGAAGCUUCGAACGCAGGGAGCGGGUCCAAACUAUCCACCAAAGCCCUAUGCCGUCUCGCGUUUUAUGGAUGAUGACAUACCUCCUGCACCCAGUCCGCCUAUGAGCAGAGUACGCCCGAUACACGCACCUACCUUUGACAGCGACGACGAGUCAGAAGCGAGCCUAGUACCGAACCGGAUAGCGUCGAGGCGCCCAUUUAGCGGUGAAGCGCAUGAAGUGUCCAGGGCCCACUUGGGCCCGCAGCAACCACGUAGCGUUUUUGCAUCCCGAGUACCUGUCGAGCCGACCUAUCCCGCCCCUCCACCAACAUACCAUCCCAGCUACUAUGCCCCGCCAUCCCAGCCGCCUCACUACCCUAAUCAUCAUGGCUACGCUAUGAGUCAGCAGGCUUGUCCCGCCCCUAACCCCAAUCCUUACGACCCUUCGUCACACUCUUCCUCCUCCCCAUACCAAGAAACAUGGAGCCAAUACCCACCUGGGUAUCCUCCCUACGGCAGCCCCUUCCAUCAGCUGGACCCCUCGGGCUCUAGAGACUAUCCAUCACAUGCUCUAGAGGCCAGCAGACCUGCCAUCGAAGACGGGUCUGCCGACGUCUACUCACGCCUUGCCCACACCAUCCCAGACCUGCACCACCUGCUUGCACGUCACAAAGAAACUCACACGCAGCUCAGCGCACGCGAGGACUUGCUCCGUCGGACAGGUGCCGAGAAAGAAGAGAAGCUGCGGGCAAAGGAUGCUGAGAUCUUUGAGCUGAAGGAGAAGAUUCGCACCUUGGAGAAUAGACAUUCAGCCGAGGCAAACCGGCUACACUUCCAAAUCGGUAACCUGGAAGAGCAGGUGAGGGAUCUCCGACAGCAGAUUGCCGACAACAACAAGUCGAAACGCGAGGCUGAAGAGAUACGGCUGGUCCUGGAUACAGCCAUGAAGUCCUGGGAGGUUAGGUACAAGGAGCUGGAGGAUGUGCAUCGCGCUCUCGAGAGGAGUACGGCCGAGGAGAGGGAAAGAACAUGGCGGGACUUUGACGAAUGGAAAUCCACCACCAAUACCAAGCACGAUGCCGAGAAGAUUGCCCUCGCUAUCCAGUUCGACAAGAAGCUGAAGAAGGCCGAGGCCGCUGCCGAAGAAUGGCGACAAGAUGCCGAAGAGGCUUCUGAGCUUCGUGCCAAGCUCCAAGAAGCCCUUGAGCGGGAGCGGGAGAACCAGGAAGCUUGGGCCUCCGAGCGUGAUGCCCUCAUGCGGGAGCGAGACUUUUUCCAAAAGAGUUGGGAGGAACAGCGUAUACUCUUGGAUACCCAUCACCAGGAAUCCGACAUCCACAGCAGUCUCUCGAGGAAAGCCGAAGAAGAGGCAGCCAGGGCUGAUCACCUGGAACAGGAGAAGGAUGAGCUAUUGAGACAAUACGAACAGCUCAAGGCUGAAAGCCAGCAUGAGAAGGAGAUCAUCAAGAGCGUUGCUAGCAACCUCGAGUCUGAGAAGUCUAGGCUGGAGAAGAUGAUGGAGUGCUAUGGAGACAUUGCAGAGAUCAAGAGCAAGGGCGACAGCUACUACCUGUCAUCGUUCUCCCAUCUGCAAAGACAAAUCAUCGACCUCGCAACCACUCACUUCGUCCAUCUCCCAGUACGACCACCGCCAGAGGAUCUUGGACAAGUGCCUUCUAACCUACCAUCCUUCAUCGGCGAUACCAGAGCCUCUAGACAAGUUCGAUCGGCCUACAUAGCUCACACAGUGGCGAAGCUCAUCACCUAUCGUGUCUUUGGUCCCUUCCUGUUCAGCCUUGGCCGUCGUUACGACAAAGCUGACUCGCUGUUCUCUUCGAUGAGCCAUCACAUCCGCGAGAAAAGCACGCGAAAAGAGGCAAUCUGGCGUCAACAGACUCUUCUAGCGGCUUUCACGAGCUCCGGUGCCAAGCAGCGCAUCAACACAGCUGCUGGCACGGUUGUCGAGGAAAUCGUCAACGCGAUCAAACACUUUGCCGACCCAAGAGAGGAAGAAGGUAUCAAGGUCGCAGUCAAGCGUAUCGUGAAGCUUGCCGCAGAGACGUGGCGAUUUGCACGUCUCGAACGUGAAAUGAUCACGGCAGUCAUGCCUGCUCUGCACGAUGAAGAGCAUCAAUUCACCGGUAAUCAGUAUUGGCCCGCUUACAAGCCAGAAGACACACCAGGUUCCCCCAUGGACACCUCGUCCACCUCCGAUUCGCACCCACGGCUACUUUUGAGGAUGUUCCCUGUUGUGUACCGCGAAGCGAAACAUGAAAACUUCCAGGUCAACGGUGAGCCGCGCGAUGAAGGCUGCGUUCUCCAUCAUGGGCUCGCUUUGUAUGAUGAUGCUGAGCCUGUAGUGGCGAGGCUGGAGGAGCUCAAAUCUGCUGGUUUGCCAUCCCACACCACUCUAUUAACGAGUCCGACUGACGAGGGCAAGUUUCCGGCGCCGGAAUCCCCCCCUCCCCGAGACGCGCAAACAAACCCCCCCGCUCCUCGUUCCCCGACCAAAACCGAGACGAACACGGCUGAGAAAGCUGCCUCGCGACCGCGCCCAUCAUCACCAACGGAGAAGUCAGAGAAGCCGGACAAGCCUGAAAAGCCUGAAAAGUCCUCAACGAUCAAGCGAGCGUUGAGCCUUUUCUCUGGCCCCUCGCUAGGUGACAGAAAUGCAUACACACAUCCACCACCGCCACCGCCGACGUCCGUGUUCACGUCUCCCAGAAACAUCAUUGGCAUGCCAGUCGAAAGUCUGGCUGCUUCACAACCACCAAGUUCAAGGAGAAAGCCGCCACCACCGCCUCCUAAGCCUGUAUCUAGGCCCGAGAUACCAUUGCCUGUUGCAGAAGAGAGUGCGGUCUUCCCACCACUGUUUUCCAGAACUCCAACAGAGGAGGCUAUCCAAGAUGAUGACGUGGAGACUGACGCAAGUCCUCCUACGCCGGUAGACACUGUGUCUCCACUCUACGAUGCCAUAGAUGACAUUGAGAGUCUGUUGCCGCAAAGGAGGACUUCCUCAACGACGCACUCACGUCGUCGCUCUACCCACACUCGCCGAUCUGAAUCAGCUGUUGAAGAUGAUCUAGUCGAAUUCACUCCUCGACCUGGAUCUGCCCGCCGGCGAAGUACCUAUGCUUCUAGUGUCCGCACACACAAAUCGGCCGACACUGAGCGCACCGAUAGGAGUGAGCGUACAGACAAGAGCGAGCAGAAGAGUGAUCGCUCGGAUAAAACCGAGCGCGAGAAGGCUCGUUACUUGUACGAGAGUCGAAGCGCUGGCGUCAAAGCCUUGUACCCCACUCCUUCAAAUGGAAGCACCAAGAGUAAGAGCGAAAGGAGAAGGAACCACGGCAGCAAGGAUAUAACCAAGGAAUCGACCUCGUCCAGAGAUUCGAAAGAGUCAAAGAGGGAGUCACGUGAGGUUAAACGAGUGAGGAGCAUCUCCGACAAUGGCACUUGGGACACAAACAGUGUCUUCACUCACGAUGAGUUUGCACCUACCACUGUGUCAACCAACGUGCCCUAUCCUUACGUCUAUGAUUCAAGGCGUGACUCCAAAGACGUGAAGAGAGAAUCAAAGGAGAUCAAGAGACAGCGAAGUGUCUCUGUAGCUGGAACGUGGGAUACCGCCAGCGAGGUUACUGAAGUUGCUCCACCCACUACUGUAUCAACCAACGUUCCGUACCCGACGGCGCUGUCUUGGGAUCUGCGACGAACAAGAAGCAUUGCCGAUGACGGCACCUGGGAUACCAGCAGUGAGGUAACUCAACGUGGCCCUGAGACCACUGUUUCGACCAAUAUUCCAUAUCCAGCCGGAUUCUCGCACGAGUCUCGAAGAAUGAGCGUCUCUGAUGCGGGCACAUGGGACACUGCAAGCGUUUUCACGCAGCGUGCUCCCCCUACAACUGUGUCGACCAAUGUUCCCUAUCCGACAAACUUUGCUGAGAAGAGAAGACUGAGUGUGUCUGAUGCUGGCACAUGGGAUACCGCCACCGAGAUCACAAGCUAUCGCCCCCCACCUACCACCGUGUCAACCAAUGUGCCUUACCCAGCUGGGAUUUCUCAAAUGCGAAGAAGGCCAAGCGUCUCUGAUGCUGGUACUUGGGACACGGAUAGUGUUGUUACACAGCGUGCUCCGCCUACAACAGUCUCAACCAAUAUUCCCUACCCAAGCGGAGGACACGCGUCUUCGAUCCACCUGCUCGGUCCUUUUGAAAGACUGAAGAGGGAGCAGGAGCAGCAGAACCUCUCUGAUGAAGGCUCUGACGCUGGUACCUGGGACACGAGCAGUGAGGUUACCCACGCGAACAACGGGCCUUCUACGGUCGUCUCCGCCAAUGCGCCUUACAAGGCUGAAAAGCCUGCAAAGCCUCAAAAACCCCCAAAACCCGACCGGCCAAAGUUCCUGAGAAGCAAAACCAGCGUCUCUGACGCUGGCACUUGGGACACGAACAGUGUGAUUACGAAUAACGACAUGAAAACGACGGUUUCGACCAACGUGCCAUACCCGGCUGAACGACGACUUCGCUAGAUGUGCCCGAAGGAGGGACAUGAGAGUUUUUCCAAAGUCCUUAUGAGAGGCUCCGGGUUCCACCCCGCGAGUACACGUUUUUCAUCUUGAUUGCAUUUCCCGUUAUCUGACUUGAUGGUUUUCUUUUGCGCUGUUUGCCUUGUUGAAUCAUUGCGGCAGCUUCGCACCGAGAAUUGAUGGAGUAAAUGUAGAUGACAUAUAUGAAGGACGAACAUGAAUAUGAAGUACGCGUUGUUACGGCCGAGCAAAUACGAUGAGUUCAAGACGAGCGCGUCUUUACGUACAUACAUGCAACUGGGCGUUCUGGGAUUUGUAUGCUUUUGUUUUGUUCUUAGUACGCUAUUAUAGAUCAGCUUGUAGGAUAUUCAAA